AUACUAAGCCCGAAGACAAAGCACACACCUGAAAACGUCCACAAGGCAGUCUUGUCACUAGUCCAGCAUCAGCGUAAGCAUCAGCCAGCCACGGACGAAACCGCACAAGCAUCAGUUAACAGGCCAACCGACCCAGUCACUGGAGCCAAUCCUUUUCCCGAAGUUACGGAUCUAAUUUGCCGACUUCCCUUACCUACAUUAUUCUAUCGACUAGAGGCUGUUCACCUUGGAGACCUGAUGCGGAUAUCGGGCCGUCCAGAGAACACGAGACAUCACAGAAACCGCGAUGCUUUACGGAAACAACGUCCCUAUCUACGGCUGAACCGAUUCCAGGGAGUCCGUUCCUUAACUAGAGAAGAGAACUCUAGCUCGGUCUCUGAGCGACGUAACCAACUGGGCUCACGCCCAAAGCCUUCGACGCAACCGCCACGUCCCUCCUACUCGUUGCGGCCAGGCGAUAGACAACGCACAAGCCAGCAACGGCUGGGUAUAGGUCUCUCGCUCAAGCGCCAUCCAUUUUCAGGGCUAGUUGAUUCGGCAGCGGGUACCGACUUCCAUGGCCACCGUCCUGCUGUCUAUAUCAACCAACGCCUUUUAUGGGGUCUCAUGAGCGAGAAGUUAGGCACCUUAACCCAACGUUUGGUUCAUCCCACAGCGCCAGUUCUGCUUACCAAAAAUGGCCCACUUGGAGCUCGCGUUCGUGUCAACAGUUCAAUAAAGAAACCGAGACAACAUACCCAU